AUGUCCCGUUUGCCAUUUCGCACCCUCCUUCGGCAGAUCCCGCAGCGAUCGGUGUCUCCCUCGAGAGGGUGGCACCUCCUGCCGCCGUCCGCGUCCCCCCCUCGCCCCCUUCGGGCCCUGGGGACGCCGGUGCCACCCAGCCAGCCCUUACGAGCUGCCGGGGCAGGCCGGAGGAGAGCUGGGCAGGCAGAGCCGGGCCCGAGCGCUGCUCCCUGGGCGAGGGACGCGGGGCGACUCCGUUCCUCCUGGCCUCGCAGGCGGGCGAUGGGUAGCGUCCGCGCUCUGGUGCGCGCAGCGGUGCGUGGCCUGAGUGGAAAGCCGUGGCUGGGUGUGUACGUGGUGUGGAAAGCAAAGAAGGUGCCCUCCGUUCCGGAAAGCCUCCUGAAAAAGCGGCAGGCUUAUGCAGCUAUAAAAGCCAAACGUCUGAAGAGGCUGUUGGCUCAAAAGAAGCUUCGUAAGGCACAAAGGAAACUCAUCUAUGCAAGAGCCAAAGCUUACCACAAGGAAUACAGGCACAUGUAUAGACAGGAGAUCCGUAUGGCCAGGAUGGCCCGAAAAGCUGGAAAUUACUACGUACCAGCUGAACCAAAGCUGGCCUUUGUGAUCAGGAUAAGAGGUACCAAUGGUGUUAGCCCCAAGGUCCGUAAGGUAUUGCAGCUUCUUCGCCUGCGUCAGAUUUUUAACGGCACGUUUGUAAAACUCAACAAAGCUUCUAUCAACAUGUUGCGGAUUGUUGAACCCUACAUUGCCUGGGGUUAUCCCAAUCUGAAGUCUGUGCAUGAGUUGAUCUACAAGCGUGGUUAUGGCAAGAUCAACAAGCAGCGCAUUGCUCUGACUGAUAAUUCCCUGAUUCAGAAGCGCCUUGGAAAGCAUGGCAUCAUCUGCAUGGAAGAUGUGAUCCAUGAAAUUUACACUGUUGGCAAGAAGUUCAAAGUUGUGAACAACUUCCUAUGGCCCUUCAAGUUAUCCUCUCCUCGGGGUGGAAUGAAGAAGAAAACCAUUCACUUUGUAGAAGGUGGAGAUGCUGGUAACAGGGAAGAUCAGAUAAACAGGCUCAUAAGGAGAAUGAACUAAGAUUCAGAUGCCCAGCUGCAAUCUUUCCAAUUCUGGUCUGUUAAUAAAACCAUCUUGCACAAAACAA